GACUACGUAUUCAUCCGCCUCUUUGGGUGCACUUUCAUUUCCGGGAUGUUUUCUCGACUGACCAGCGCCAUUGCGGGUCCAGCGAGUCGGUGUAGGUAGGCAGUAAUUAGCCGGGGGAAGGAUUAAAAAGCAACCAUAACCUCGACAACACGUUUUAAUCAAGGCUUAUAAUCAAUCAUCAAUUGGAGUUUAGACUAGAGGCUUCCUGGCUGGCCGGACCCGAGAGAAGCAGCCGUAGUUUGUUAGCUGUAGUAGACACCAGAGGAGAGUGACAAGAGUAGCCGCCAUGGCUCAGAUCCUGCCCAUUCGCUUCCAGGAGCACCUGCAGCUCCAAAAUUUAGGAAUAAAUCCGGCCAACAUAGGCUUCAGCACCUUAACUAUGGAGUCUGAUAAGUUCAUCUGUGUCCGGGAGAAAGUGGGCGAGCAGACUCAGGUGGUGAUAAUUGACUUGGCCGACCCCAAUACACCUAUCCGCAGGCCCAUCUCAGCCGACAGCGCCAUCAUGAAUCCAGCCAGCAAAGUCAUUGCUCUCAAAGCGUCCAAAACUCUACAGAUCUUUAACAUUGAGAUGAAGAGCAAGAUGAAGGCACACACCAUGACGGACGACGUUACCUUUUGGAAGUGGAUCUCCCUAAACACAGUCGCACUUGUGACUGACAAUGCUGUCUACCACUGGAGCAUGGAGGGCGACUCGCAGCCUGUGAAGGUGUUUGACCGCCACUCCAGCCUUGCAGGCUGUCAGAUCAUCAACUACCGUACUGACGCCAAGCAGAAAUGGCUCCUGCUCAUUGGGAUCUCGGCUCAGCAAAAUCGAGUGGUCGGAGCCAUGCAGCUCUACUCCGUGGACAGAAAGGUUUCUCAGCCUAUUGAAGGUCACGCUGCCAGCUUUGCCCAGUUUAAGAUAGAAGGAAAUUCUGAAGAGUCAACUUUGUUCUGCUUCGCUGUCAGAGGCCAGGCUGGAGGCAAGCUGCAUAUCAUUGAAGUUGGGACCCCAGCAACUGGUAACCAGCCAUUUCCAAAAAAAGCAGUGGAUGUCUUCUUCCCUCCAGAAGCCCAGAAUGACUUUCCUGUGGCCAUGCAGAUCAGCGCCAAGCACAAUGUGGUUUUCCUCAUCACCAAAUACGGCUACAUUCACCUGUAUGACUUGGAGACAGGAACCUGCAUCUACAUGAACCGCAUCAGUGGAGAGACCAUCUUUGUCACUGCUCCACAUGAGGCAACCUCAGGCAUUAUUGGAGUCAACAGGAAGGGACAGGUUCUGUCUGUAUGUGUGGAAGAGGAAAACAUCAUUCCGUACAUCAACAACGUGCUCCAGAAUCCAGAUCUUGCUCUCCGAUUGGCUGUCCGCAACAACCUUGCAGGUGCUGAAGAGCUCUUUGCACGCAAGUUCAACAACCUAUUUGCUGCCGGCAACUACUCCGAAGCUGCCAAAGUUGCUGCUAAUGCACCAAAGGGUAUCCUGCGCACCCCAGACACUAUUCGACGCUUUCAGACUGUUCCCACUCAGCCAGGACAGACCUCUCCCUUGCUGCAAUACUUCGGUAUCCUGUUGGACCAGGGCCAGCUAAACAAGUUUGAGUCCCUGGAGCUUUGCAGGCCUGUCCUCCAGCAGGGACGAAAGCAACUUCUGGAGAAGUGGUUGAAGGAGGACAAGUUGGAGUGUUCGGAGGAACUCGGUGACCUGGUGAAGGCUGUGGAUCCCACCUUGGCUCUCAGUGUCUACCUGAGGGCCAAUGUCCCCAACAAAGUUAUUCAGUGCUUUGCAGAGACUGGUCAGUUCCCCAAGAUUGUUCUGUAUGCCAAGAAGGUGGGCUAUACUCCGGACUGGAUCUUCCUGCUCCGGAAUGUGAUGCGCAUCAAUCCAGAACAAGGUCUGCAGUUUGCCCAGAUGUUGGUCCAGGAUGAAGAACCACUGGCUGACAUCACACAGAUUGUGGAUGUCUUCAUGGAGUACAACCUGAUCCAGCAGUGCACCUCUUUCCUGCUUGAUGCUCUAAAGAACAACAGACCCUCAGAAGGGCCACUGCAGACUCGUCUGUUGGAGAUGAAUCUCAUGCAUGCCCCCCAGGUUGCUGAUGCUAUUCUGGGCAACCAGAUGUUCACCAACUAUGAUCGCGCUCACAUUGCCCAGCUGUGUGAGAAGGCUGGACUCCUACAAAGGGCCCUGGAGCACUACACAGACCUGUAUGACAUCAAGCGUGCUGUGGUGCACACACACCUGCUCAACCCAGAGUGGCUGGUGAACUACUUUGGCUCGUUGUCAGUAGAAGACUCUCUGGAGUGUCUCAGGGCCAUGCUCUCAGCCAACAUCCGCCAGAACCUGCAGAUCUGUGUUCAGGUGGCCUCCAAGUACCAUGAACAGCUCAGCACACAGUCUCUCACUGAACUCUUUGAGUCCUUCAAGAGCUUUGAGGGUUUGUUUUACUUCCUGGGCUCUAUCGUAAACUUUAGUCAGGAUCCUGAGGUCCACUUCAAAUAUAUUCAGGCUGCCUGCAAGACUGGCCAAAUCAAAGAGGUGGAGAGAAUCUGCAGAGAGAGCAACUGUUAUGAUCCUGAGCGUGUCAAGAACUUCCUGAAGGAAGCCAAACUCACUGACCAGCUACCGCUGAUCAUCGUCUGUGACCGUUUUGACUUUGUCCAUGACCUGGUCCUCUACUUGUACCGCAACAACCUGCAGAAGUACAUUGAGAUUUAUGUUCAGAAGGUAAAUCCUAGCCGUCUGCCUGUUGUCGUUGGUGGGCUCCUAGAUGUGGACUGCUCUGAAGAUGUCAUCAAGAGCCUGAUCUUAGUUGUCAGGGGACAGUUCUCCACUGACGAGCUGGUCGCUGAGGUGGAAAAGAGGAACAGAUUGAAGCUGCUGCUGCCCUGGCUUGAGUCUCGUAUCCAUGAAGGCUGUGAAGAGCCUGCUACCCACAAUGCCCUUGCAAAGAUCUACAUUGACAGCAAUAACAACCCUGAACGCUUCCUGCGUGAAAACCCUUUCUAUGACAGCCGCGUCGUGGGAAAGUACUGCGAGAAGAGAGACCCUCAUCUGGCCUGUGUUGCAUAUGAGCGAGGGCAGUGUGACCAGGAGCUUAUCAAUGUUUGCAAUGAGAACUCCCUUUUCAAGAGCCUUUCUCGCUACCUUGUCCGACGUAAAGAUCCCGAUCUGUGGGCCAGUGUCCUGCUCGAAAGCAACCCCUUCAGACGACAGCUCAUUGACCAGGUGGUGCAAACAGCACUGUCAGAAACCCAGGAUCCAGAGGAGGUAUCGGUCACUGUCAAGGCUUUCAUGACUGCCGACUUACCAAAUGAGCUUAUUGAACUGCUGGAGAAGAUUGUUUUGGACAACUCCGUCUUCAGUGAACACAGAAAUCUGCAGAAUCUGUUAAUCCUGACGGCUAUCAAAGCUGACCGCACGCGUGUGAUGGAGUAUAUCAGCAGGUUAGACAACUAUGAUGCUCCAGAUAUCGCAAACAUCGCCAUCAGCAAUGAGCUCUUCGAGGAGGCUUUUGCCAUCUUCAAGAAGUUUGAUGUCAACACCUCUGCUGUGCAGGUGCUAAUCGAGCAUAUUGGUAACCUGGACCGGGCCUAUGAGUUUGCAGAACGUUGUAAUGAGCCAGCAGUGUGGAGCCAGCUGGCCAAAGCUCAGCUACAGAAAGGCCUGGUGAAGGAGGCCAUUGACUCCUACAUCAAAGCUGAUGAUCCCUCUGCGUACAUGGAGGUGGUACAGGCUGCUGACAAGAGCGGAAACUGGGAGGACUUGGUCAAAUUUCUUCAGAUGGCUCGUAAGAAGGCCCGUGAAUCCUACGUGGAGACGGAGUUGAUCUUUGCUUUGGCAAAAACUAAUCGUCUAGCUGAACUGGAAGAGUUCAUCAAUGGCCCCAACAAUGCUCACAUCCAGCAGGUUGGUGACCGCUGCUAUGACGAGAAAAUGUAUGAAGCGGCUAAACUGCUCUACAACAACGUCUCCAACUUUGGCCGCCUGGCUUCAACGCUGGUGCACCUCGGGGAGUACCAGGCUGCUGUGGAUGGCGCCCGUAAGGCCAACAGCACUCGCACGUGGAAGGAGGUGUGCUUCGCCUGUGUGGAUGGAGAAGAGUUCAGACUCGCCCAGAUGUGCGGCCUCCACAUUGUGGUGCAUGCUGACGAGCUGGAGGAACUGAUCAACUAUUACCAAGACCGCGGCUACUUUGAGGAGUUGAUCACUAUGCUGGAAGCAGCCCUUGGCCUGGAGCGUGCUCACAUGGGGAUGUUCACAGAGCUAGCAAUCCUCUACUCCAAGUUCAAGCCCCAGAAGAUGAGGGAGCAUCUGGAGCUCUUCUGGUCACGAGUUAACAUCCCAAAAGUCCUGAGAGCAGCAGAGCAAGCUCACUUGUGGGCCGAGCUGGUCUUCCUGUACGACAAGUACGAGGAGUUUGACAAUGCUAUCAUCACCAUGAUGAAUCACCCAACAGAUGCUUGGAAGGAGGGACAGUUCAAAGACAUCAUCACCAAAGUGGCCAAUGUGGAGCUAUACUACAAAGCCACACAGUUCUAUCUGGAGUUCAAGCCUUUGUUACUGAAUGAUCUGCUCAUUGUGCUCUCCCCUCGACUGGACCACUCACGUGCUGUCAACUUCUUCAGCAAGGUGAAACAGCUGCCUCUGGUCAAACCUUACCUCCGGUCAGUACAGAACCACAACAACAAAUCGGUCAACGAAGCACUUAACAACCUCUUCAUCUCAGAAGAAGACUAUCAGGCACUGAGAACAUCAAUAGAUGCUUAUGACAACUUUGACAACAUCUCGCUGGCCCAGCGCUUGGAGAAACAUGAGCUGAUUGAGUUCAGAAGAAUUGCUGCCUACCUCUUUAAAGGCAACAACCGCUGGAAACAGAGUGUGGAGCUCUGCAAGAAAGACAAGCUUUAUAAGGAUGCCAUGCAGUAUGCGUCAGAGUCCAAAGACACAGAGCUGGCAGAGGAUCUGCUCUCCUGGUUCCUACAGGAGAGCAAGAAUGAGUGUUUCGCCGCCUGCCUUUUCACCUGCUAUGACCUGCUGCGGCCCGAUGUGGUUCUGGAGACCGCCUGGAGGCACAACAUCAUGGAGUUUUCUAUGCCAUACUUCAUUCAGGUCAUGAGGGAGUACCUCAGCAAGGUAGAUAAACUUGAAACCUCAGAGUCUGUAAGAAAAGAAGAGGAGCAGGCAACGGAGACACAACCCAUCGUCUAUGGAACACCCCAGUUGAUGCUGACGGCGGGUCCCAGCGUACCUGUGCCCCCUCAGCAAGCUUACGGCUACGGCUACCAGGCCCCCGCAGGAUACGGCCAACCAGCAGCUCAGCCAGGCUUUGGCUACGGCAUGUAAAGACCCCUCCCCUUUCCUCUCCACAACCAGUCUGGAGCUACAUCCAUCCAUGUCCCACUGUCCUUCAGCACGCCAUUAUUGUCUUUCUGCCAUCUACAUGGAACAGGGGGAUAAUACUGACUUAUUUUUUUUGGUUUUCUUUUUUUUUUUCCUUUUUCAAACUGUCAUGAAGGACUCAGUUUUAUUUUUGCUGACAAAAAGAUUAAAAGAUUGAAUCAAAAAGAGUAAUUUUCUCACAUUCCAUAUUGACUAGAUUAAUUUUUCUUAUGUCUAUUUUAUUUGAAUGGGAAAUGGUUUAUGUUCACGGGGGUGGGAGGGGGGUUUGUGGGAAGAGCCAGUUCUCUUCUCAGAUUAAAAAGAAAAGGUCUGAUCUGAAGCAUUUGAUUUGCACUCUACUCGGAAGAAAUUAAUGUAGAACCUGUCUUUCAUGUUUGUGCAGCUUCCUGUCUGGCUGUACAAUGCAUUCAGUUAUUGUAUAUUUAGACACAAAAACCGCUGUCGUGUUCUUUUAUAUUGCAACAUCCGACUGCAGCUUUCAUGGCCACAGUCCUGAAACACUACGUUUUAUUAGUCAGGAUCUCACUCUUUAGGACUGUUUGUGAAGGAAGACCAGAGAGCAUUUUACACACGACUUAUCGGAAAGUUUGAUUCUUUCCAGCAAAGCCUAUGCAGAAGUCUUCAAACUAAUUUCCCAUCAGAAAACAUUUCCAUGUGCUUUACACACUGCUCUAACGUGGGACCAUUCCACCUCAGGAGGGACUGCAGACAUGUUUGUGUGACUAACAUGCCCCCUUCUUCGUGCUGUGUUUUGCAUCAUUUAGGUCACUUACUGAGUGUGCAGGCGAUUUAUUUUCCACUCUUCCUUUUCCUUUUGUCCUGUUGGUCACGUUUAAGUUUUGCAGCUGACGUGCUCAUCCAAAUCAGAAACACGUGUGGAGGUUUAAAGUUUUUAAUCAAAGGCUUGUGUGUAUACAGAAAAUCCACCAUAAACUCCUUAUAUUCUUACCUAAAUUACCUUAGAUUUAAAUUUGUGCACUUAUGAUACUUGAUUGUGCAUAUACAGGAUCAAAAUGAAUGAAACAGCGGUUUUGUUUUCCACUAAAAAUAAAGGCUUCUUGUUUGUCAACAA